UUGCGGUAUUCUUUAGAUUUAUUUUGGAUUUCAAUGCGAGCGUUUUUGGCUAAGCUAAAUUUAAAAAAUUAAAAAAAAAUUGUUAAACUAUUUUCGGCAUUAUUUCUAAAUCCUUUGUUUGACAUUUCAUAUUUAAUUAUAAAUCCUUAAUUAAUAAAAAAAUUAAACAGAAAAUUUUAGAGAAAACUUACAAAAAACCGCUUAAUCAAAAUGAAGGUCCUCGUAACAGCUUUGUCGAUUUUACUAAUUGCUGGAACCCAGGCAGUUCCAUUGCCUGAUUACAUAAAAGUUUGCUCGCGCAAUGAUCCCAAGUUAAAUGAAUGUGUUAAGAAUACGGUACACAAUAUGCGACCCUACCUCAAGGACGGUAUUAAAGAAUUAAAUGUACCAGCCAUGGAACCUCUCUACAUAGGUGAUCUCAACAUUUUGGAAGGUGGCAGUGCGGGUAUUAAUGUCAAGGCUAUAGAUUUAAAUAUCUAUGGAGCAUCGAACUUCGAAAUAAAGAAACUUAAAGCUUCCAACAAUGGCAUGCGUUUUGACUUUGAACUCAACUUACCUCGUCUUCAGGGAGAAGGUCAAUAUGACAUAAAUGGCCAAAUUUUAGCGUUACCUUUAAGAGGCAAUGGUCCUUUUACUGGAAAUUUCACUAAUUUUUAUGCUUUUGUUAAAAUCAUUUUCGAUGCCAAAAAGGUCAAUGAUGAUGAAUUUUUAACCAUUUCCGCAUUGGAUGUAAAAAUUCGCACCGGUAAAGGACGCAUACGUUUGGAAAAUCUCUUUAAUGGUGAUAAAACUUUGGGUGAUGUAGUCAACGAUACGAUCAAUCAAAAUUUCGAAGUUUUCACAAAUGAAUUAAUUGGCCCCAUAGAACGUGCCUUGGAAAAGAAAUUUAUUGCUAUUGCUCGUAAAAUUUUAGAAAACUUUACCCAUGAUGAAUUGUUCCCAGUUUAAGUUGAUUUUAAAAAUCAGUUUAUAUGCUCAAAAGUGUAUGAAUUGCAACUGUAUUUGGUGAAAUAAGCGAUAAUUUUUAAGUGGACUUGUAAAAGCUAACGUUUAUUUUCUGGCUACAGUGGGAAAGUUACUUUUUGGUUUAAAAUUUCAAAAUUUAUGUUUUAAUUGAAAAAUGUGAUUAUAGCUUUAUUAAAUCAUUUAUGUGUAAAUUAUUG